AUGAGCGCCGAUCCCAGCGCUGAACACGUUACCACGAGCAAACCCACCGACGUGCCGCCUGGAACGGACAACCCUUCUGGGUCCACCGCAUCCGAUGUUGCAGCUUUAAGAGCUGCCGUCUUGAAGUCAGCUCUCCACAAGCGCCGCACCGAAAAGCCUCAAGAAGGAGACAAGGAAGACGGAGAAAUCAGUGAAGGCGAUGACGGCAAAGCCACCAGCACGACGCCGUCGACGAUGGUCGGAGGGAAGACGUCGCCGCUGGCGACAGUCUUAAAAUCAGGGCGCCCCGAGUCUGCAACUAAGGCUGGCUCGUUGCCCGAUUCACCCAAGGAGCAGAUCAAACGUUCGACCGUAGUCACAAUCAGCAACAAUGCCGGAGAAGUGAAACGGACGUUGCCAGUUCCCGGUGGCAAGAUCAUGUCUGAAGACGACGAGAACCAAUAUCUAGACAUAAUUCGUAACCUACUGCACGACGGUGUUCAGCCCGACACUCUCAUCGAUAAUGGCGCUCCGUCCGCUUUGGUGACGCGUGUCUGUGAGGAGAUCGUGGCUGGCAGCAAGUCGCGCCAGACACUCUGGCAUCAAGCUCGAUCGCCGAUCAGGGAGGACUCAGAGGCGCGAAGCGCGACGGCUGGCUUAACCCUCGAGUCAUCACAGCCUGCUUCCUCGGAGAUUCCCAGUCCGUCGUCAAGCAUUGAGGUUGCGGUCCACAGCAUCCGACAGAGUUCCGAAUCGGAAAGCGAGAAUGAAGCUGCCGUCGAACGAAUGACUGCCCCUUCCGCUCCUUCGCGCCGACCUAGCAUCCCGCGGAUCAUUCCCACGUCGAGUUGGACGCCCUCACAGGGCCCAAUGUCUGGAGGAGCUGUCCGGAUACAGUCCUACAGACCCCCUUCGAGACCUACCUCGGCAAUGAGCACGCCCAUCGGCCCCAGCCCCCUUGUCCCCAGCCCAUUAUCCACUCUUCCUCACUUUGCCGCUUUCCGUCCUCCGCCGCCAACACUACCUUCCUUCCCCCCACCACCCCCACCUCAGCAAUCAAAGCGAACGAAGCGACACAGGGACUACGACAGUGUUAAGGACCACGCGACGUACCUGAAUUAUGGCGACGAGGAUGCGUCGCCUGCUCCUUCCCCGUCGACAUCCUCGACCGUGGGCUCCGUCAAUGGAGUGCCGGCGGCUCGUCCUGCCAAUGACCAGGGUGGUCAAACGUCCACCGCGGCUCCUACAGUCACCGGGUCGGUCGAGCGCUCGACACCUGCGGCGCUUGCGGUCCCCGAUAUGGCCAGCAAAGCUAGCGGGGAUCCUCCCUCUACCAGUUCGCAAGCUACGGUUGUCUCUCCUGCCUCAUCAUCCGACCUUGCGGAAGUGCGAAGGAAGGCAUUGGAGAGUAUGCGUUUAAGUCUGAAGAAGAAGAAGGCGCUCCCGGUGACUACCGCUCCUCCUGUUCCGACACUCGCUGAGCAGGCUGCCAAGUUGGAACGCGAAGUCACUGGCUCAUCGGCGGAGGUGCCCAUGGACAUUGACGAUGAUGAACCCGAGGAAGGGGAGAUUGAGGACAGUCCCGCAGCCGGUUCGGCGGCAUCGACGCCCGUUUCUAGCGUUGCUCCCACACCUCCUGUGGUCGUCACCUCCACUAGCCUGCGGCGAACCGCGUCCUCACGGGGAGUCAAGCGACCCCUCGCAGAAGACCUGAACGACAAUUCCGGAAGACCAAAAUCGGUGGCUCGUGUGAUGCUUAAUCGCCGUGCGUUUGGUGCGCCCCAGCGUUCUACCAGGCUUAUUAUCUCUCUCGACGACGACAGUGACAGCGACGGUAGUUCAGAUGAGGACACUCCGCAACCAGCUGUCGUCGUUCCUCGCAUCGUCAUUCCUUCCCCGUUCCCUGAACCAGACACUGCUGCUCUUCUGGCCGCCAAGGCAGAAAGCAUCCGCAAAUUGAAGGAGCAGAUUGCCGCCCGAAUGCUCGCGAAGAAGAGUUCUCGCAGCACGCCUGUCGCUUCAACAUCGAGUACCCCAGCGCCCGCUGAGGACGCCCGGCGAGUGGAGGAGGCAGUGGCAGCGGCUCAGAACGUUGGAGUCGAGGGCCUUUCCUCAGACGUUGUGGAGGCCGCCGUGCUCGCGGCAGCAGAGGAGCGCAAGCAGUCAGACGAGGCUGGCGCCCGGCGUAGGGGAAAAGGCAAAGGCAAAGGGAAGGCCGUGGACCAAAUUCCAGCCUCUUCUUCAAGUAAUGUGGACCAAGAUGGCGUUUGUUCAAUGUUCCGCUCCCCACUCCGUUUGCUGACCCGACAGAUGACGUUGAAGUUCCUCAAGCUACUGAAGGACCCCGCUGCGUCGAUAUGUCGCUCGGAAGCUGCCGGAGGGUCGUGCGCAGAUCCUGCGUGCGAAGACGUGCACAUUUUGCGCAGUGAACCUACUGAUGACGACAUUCUCACGUACGCCACUCGUUUGGCAGCGCUUCAAGGAUCGAAAGUCUCCAAGAAGCUGGACCGCGCAGCCGCCCUGAAGCAAGCCAAGGCCGAGGUCAUGGCCAGCAAUGUAGCUGCCAUGGACACUGAGGAGGCUGAGGCGCGUUGGGCCAAUGCUGAAAACUUAACCGCCCUAGUUGACUUGACUGCCCAGCGACUGCGGGCUAGGUGA